UUUAGCAGCCUCGUGUGGGCUCUUUCCCUCAUCCUCCUCUUUGCACUGGGCACCUGGAGACAUGAAAUGAGCUAAAAUCCUCUGACUGACAAGCAUCAAACUGUCUUGACAAGUUCUAUCCAGAACUGAAAAAAGGAAGAUAAGAAGAAGAAAAUGCUAUUAAAUGUAAGUGCAUGGAACAGCUCUUUGAAUGCUCCCAAUGAGCUGCUGUUGGAUCGUCCUCCUUGGGUGGCCACUGCUCUUGCUGCCAUACUCAUCUUCACCAUCGUCAUUGAUAUUUUGGGAAACCUCCUGGUCAUCUUAUCCGUGUUCAGGAACAGGAAGCUGAGAAAUGCAGGAAAUAUAUUUGUCGUAAGCCUGGCUGUGGCAGACUUGGUGGUGGCUAUUUACCCAUACCCCUUGGUAGUGACAUCAAUAUUUCGAAAAGGAUGGAACCUUGGAUACCUCCAUUGCCAAAUUAGUGGAUUCUUAAUGGGAAUAAGUGUCAUAGGAUCUAUAUUCAACAUUGCCGGGGUCGCAAUCAACCGCUAUUGCUACAUUUGUCAUAGCCUCAAAUAUGACAAAUUGUACAGUGACAAAAAUUCAUUGUUCUAUGUGAUUUUGAUCUGGAUGCUAACAUUCAUUGCCAUUGUGCCAAAUUUAUUUGUUGGAUCAUUACAAUAUGAUGCUCGGAUCUACUCUUGUACAUUCUCACAGUCUGUUAGUUCAGCGUACACCAUAGCAGUGGUGUUUUUCCAUUUUAUACUCCCAAUUACCAUAGUAACUUUUUGCUACUUACGUAUAUGGAUCUUGGUUAUUCAAGUGAGACGCAGGGUGAAACCAGAUAACAAGCCCAAACUGAAACCUCAUGACUUCAGGAACUUUUUGACAAUGUUUGUGGUAUUUGUGUUAUUCGCAGUCUGCUGGGCUCCAUUGAACUUUAUAGGUUUGGCUGUUGCUGUGAACCCAGACACGAUUCUACCUAGAAUCCCAGAAUGGUUGUUUGUUGGCAGUUAUUACAUGGCAUAUUUCAACAGUUGCCUUAAUGCCAUCAUAUAUGGCCUCCUGAACCAAAACUUCAGGAGAGAAUACAAGAGGAUUAUCAUCUCUAUUUGUACUGCAAAGUUUUUCUUUCAAGAAAGUUCUAAUGAUGGAGCAGAGAAGAUUAAAAGCAAACCAUCACCAAUGUUAACAAACAAUAAUCAAGUCAAGGUUGACUCAGUAUAAAUUUGGACUGUGCGUGCAUAUAGAAAUAUUAAAUGAGAACUCUGUUUAUGCAUAUUAAGUGAGCUGUGUGAAUGGCACCAAAACCUUUUGUGGUACCAUGUUGUACAUAUUCCACAGAUCUUGAGCUGCCUACAUAGUGAAACUAAUAUUUUCUUAUUAUCUUAAAUACAUGUAGACUAGUUUAGGAUCUCAUGGGACCAGGGUCACCAUCAGAAAUUUCAGGGCCCCUUUCAGGUAAAUGGAUGGGGUCCUUGAUAUACCUCAACUGGGCACUGUAUCUUUUUAACUGCUGCAAAUUCCAACUGAUAUAAACCCUCUGGACAUGUCCCUAUUACAUGUCAAAACUUUCUUUAAAAAAAGUGACAGCAUCCAAAUAGUGUAACUGGGAUAUUAUUUCUACUACCACUCUCCUACCCAAGGAACCCAGUUUCAAAGGGUUCAUACAUUUCACCCUAAAAAGAAAAAAAAAAAGUUUGGAUUGGACAACUACAGAUGCAGCAAACGUUAGCUUGACACAACACAUUAAGUACACAGUUCCAUAAAACUUUUACCCGUUUUUUCCAAUUGUUUUAAUGUGUUUAAAGUUUUUUGCAACAGUGUAUUAAACAUGUCAGGUUAAUGUUUUCUACAUCUGUACGUAUUUGGCCAGGCCCCUAAACUUCCUGCAGUCCUGUAUGACAGAAAACUUGUAGCAACUGAAGUAACAGCCAGAAAUGACAAUUGAGAAAAUUUGCUAAAAUAGAGACCUCUCGAAGACACCAAGCAACCUCCAGCCUACUGUACCAUGGGCAUAAAACAGGCUUUUCUGCAGAAGUACAUGGACAGUCAUCCCCACAAUAUAUUUUAUUGGAGUUCUAAUUUAAUACAUAUCUGAGUUAAAAGAGUUGUGCAGUGCGAAGAUAUUCAUGACCUAUCCUGAGGAGAGGUCCUCAAUACCAGAUUGGCAGAGAUCCAACUCCUGGCACCCCCACCAAUCAGUCGUUUGAAGAGAUAGCAGCGCUUGAGCAAGUGCUUGUAGAGGCGGCGCAGUGUGAUUACACUUUGUCAUUGCUGCAAAGGAGACGCCGCAAUUUCGAAUUGGAGGAUAGGUCAUUGAUAUCUUUGUACCUCAUAACCAUUUUAAAAAGUGUUACUUGGUUUGAACAGCC